AGCCCCUAGGGAUUUUUCAAACAAGGAUUAAUACUGACACUCGUUAAAUCAUUGGAACUUAAGGAAUUUGAAGUGAAACAAAACGAAAUACAAACAAAAGCGAUGAAUCUGGUCGCUGUUCAUCGCGUUUCCUUGGAAUGCAUUUCGCGUUUCUCUUUGAUCCAUCGAGAAUUAGGCGAGGGGUUAUCCGGUCGUCGGAUUGUGAAUUCGCGUGGACGGAAUCGGCCAAUUCGGCGGUUGCAUGCGGUGACGGCGGGUUUGAUAACCAGCGCUGACUCGUUCGAGGUAGGGCGGCUUAUCGGAAGCUACGGAUUCAUGAAUGUAACUAGCUAUACAGGGCUGCAGUCAGGAUCUGACUUUGAAUAUACUUCUGAUGAUAUUGGGCGAUUAAAAUCUCAAGAUAUUGGAGAAGGUGGCGUUAAGAUCAGACUAUAUGAAGGAAGAAUAUCUCAGGGUCCAUUUCGAGGAACGCCUAUUGUCUUUAAGGUCUAUCCGGGACAGCGUGCUGGUGGAGUUGAGGCUGACAUGAUGGCAGCAAACGAGCUUAAUGCACACUCUUUUCUCCAGAGCAAACGCCUGCCUGCUAAUCUGCUUAUACUUGUUGGUGGCUUUGAGACACAACUUGGGGAACAGUGGCUGGCUUUUCGUGAUGGAGGGAAAGAUAGUGCAGCUGACUAUGCGCAAACUGCAAGUGAAAAAACAUCCAGAGCUCUCUCCCAAGGAGUAUGGAAUCCUUAUGAAAAAGAGCAGAUGAUGAAACGAAGGAGAAACUUUGUCAUUAAGAUCCUACAGGGUGCAAUGAAAGGUCUAGCCUUUAUGCAUGAUAAUGACAGGUUACACCAAAGCCUCGGGCCAUCCUCAAUUGUUCUCAAUACACCAGCGGAACGAGAAGCCAUCUAUUUAAUACCGCGGCUGCGAGAUCUAGCCUUUUCUGUUGACAUAAGGCCUUCAUGCUUGGAAGAAGGAGCCACUUCUGGUUCACUGUCAGAGCAACUUUGGCGAAGGGCAACUGCUGCUGGUGCUUUCACAGUUUUUGAGAAAAGAGCUUUUGGGAUUGCAGAUGACAUAUAUGAAGCCGGUCUUCUUUUUGCAUACUUAGCCUUUGUUCCAUUCUGUGAAGCAGGCGUAAUGGAUUCUCUUUCUCUCCAGAGGUUACUGGAAAACACUUUCCGGUUGGAUAUCGAGGCUGUAAGAGAGUACUGUUUGGCUGAUGAACGCCUCGAAGAAGCUGUGAAGUUUCUGGAUCUUGGUGAUAGAGCUGGUUGGGAAUUACUCCAGGCAAUGUUGAACGCUGACCAUAGGAAGCGGCCAAUGGCGGAAGCUGUUCUUAGUCACCGAUUUUUGAACGGCGUUGUUUAAUUGACAAUAGAUGGAGAUUAUGUAAUUCCGUAAUUAUUGACAACUAUUAAUCCUUGAUCCAUGUUCUGAAUAUAUAAUCAUAUCUCGUGGGUUCUAUAUCAAUCAUAUAUCAGUAACAGUC